AUGUGUGCUUAUGCCUUUUUUGUGCAGAUGUGCAGAGAGGAACAUAAGAAAAACCCGGAGGUCCCUGUCAAUUUUGCUGAAUUUUCCAAGAAAUGCUCCAAGAGGUGGAAGACCAUGUCCGGGAAAGAGAAGUCUAAAUUCAAUGAAAUGGCAAAAGCAAAUAAAGUGCGCUAUGAUCGGGAAAUGAAGGAUUACAGACCAGCUAAGGGAGGCAAGAAGAAGGACCCUAAGGCCCCCAGGAGACCACUGUCUGGAUUUCUCCUAUUCUGCUCCGAAUUCUACCCCAAGAUCAAGUCUACAAACCCUGGCGUCUCCAUCAGAGAUGUGGCAAAGAAGCUGGGCGAGAUGUGGAAUAACUUAAGUGACAGUGAGAAGCAGCCAUACAUCAACAAGGCAGCGAAGCUGAAGAAGUAUGAGAAGGAUGUCGCAGACUGUAAGUCUAGAGGGAAGUUUGAUGGUGCCAAGGGUCCUGCUAAAGUUGCCGGGAAAAAGGUGGAAGAGGAAGAUGAAGAGGAUGAGGAAGAAGAGGAAGAGAAGUAG